AAUCGCUGAGGUGCACGUCAGCGUUGCAUGAGUGUUGAAUCCUAAAGCUUUUAUUAAUUAAAUAGAAUCCUUUUCGCUUGCAAAAGUGUUUGUGUAAAAGCCCAGCUCGUUGUUCGCUUAUUCAGUCUAUGGAUUUUCUGCAGCUGCUAUCAUGUGCGUGCAUCAUAUUCACCGUCGGGAUGUUCACGACGGGAUUGACCGACUUGAAGAAAAUGAAGGCCACACAGAGUGCAGAUAACGUUCAGUUUCUGCCUUUUCUUACCACAUGCUUAAAUAAUCUAGGCUGGCUGUACUAUGGAUUACUAAAGGGAGACGGAACAGUGAUUUUUGUGAACAUCAUUGGAGCCUUUUUACAAACUGUGUACAUUGCCACCUACUGUCAUUAUACCAAAGAGAAGAGGAGAGUAUAUACUCACACCCUACUGAUGGUGAGUGUGUUGUGUGUGGCCUGGGUUUACUUCACGCUGGUGAUUCCUCCCGGUGAAGCUCAACUCUCUCAGCUGGGCCUGACAUGCAGUGUGUUCACCAUCAGCAUGUACCUCUCUCCUCUUGCUGACCUCUUGGAGAUCAUACGGACCAAAUCUGUAGAGCGCUUGUCUUUUUCCUUGACCGUCGCUACAUUUUUCACUUCUACAUCAUGGACGCUGUAUGGCCUUCAGCUGGGGGACUAUUAUAUCAUGGUGCCCAACACCCCUGGCAUCUUUACGAGCCUCAUUCGCUUCUUCCUCUUCUGGUGGUUCGGUGCAGUCAUUCCCCAAAUCCCAUCCUAUAAACUCAUCCAGAUCUGAAGGGGAUUUGGAUUGAAUCUGAAUAAGUGCCUUCUCCAAUUUCCUUUACCCAAGCCACAAGAGCUUGACAUGAUGCUAUCUGAGCUCAAACCUCUAGUGAAACUGGCACUUUAAAUGCUUAAUUUUCACAGUUAUUUUAGGCAAGUGGGAAGCACAAAAAUCUUAUUCUGUCACCAUUUACUUAUCCUCAUGUUUUUCCAAUUCUGAAUGAGUUGGUUCUUCUACCUGUACAGUAGAAGUCUGGUUACAAGCUUUUGUGUUGAAUAGGAAAAAGUCAGGUUUGGAUCAACAAGAGUGUGACUAAAUAAUGCUUGAAUGAUUAGAAUAUUCAUUUCAAAAUUCAGAGUUCAUUCAUGCUCAUCCCAAACCUGUAUGAUUUUCUAUCUAUUCACAAAAGAAUAUAAAGUAAAUUGUUUUUGUUUUUUCUCAGUUACAGAGAAUUGAGGUUUUUCGGUGUUUAAAAAAAGACACAAAAGCACCAUCAUAUUGAAGGGGCCAUUAAUAACACUUUUCUGAGAGUUAUGAAGCUAUAAGUUAAUCUUUUGUGAAGCAUCAAGACAACAUUAGAGCCAUUAUCAUCUGAAACCUGUUCUUUUUGAGUGAUAUUUUAAUCAGCCUGUUGAUUUAUUCUGAAGCAUCACUGAUCUGCAGGUUGAGAUCACUCAAGGUAAGAUUAUUUGAUCUUAUGUCUUACAAAACCUUUUGUUUUUUUUAGCAACUCUAGCAAUUCUUUGUUACUGGAUGGGGAAAAUCCUCUGAGUUUCCUUUUUAUGUUUCCUGUUAGUCAUAUGGGUUUGGAGCCACAUGCGGAUGAGUAAAUAACAGUUGUGUAUUAAUUUCCGGUGAAUUUCAGCGGUGACAGAUAAUUUUCUAAUUUUUUUAACCUUGUUAUAAUGGAGAUGCUCUCAGUUUGUUUGUCAGGUAUUUCUGAGUUAAUAAGUGUCAAAUUCUGCAAACAUGGCACACCCCAAACCGAGAGCUCAAACCUGUUUUCCUGUUACAGUCUUUUCUUUUGGAAUGACGUCUUGUUAUUACAGAGAUGUCUACCUUUUUUUUUUUCUUUGUAAAAUUGGUUGCAUACUCCUUCAAGUGGCCUUUAGAAAAGUGUAACAGUCCAUUGCAAUGAAUGUAGUGUUUCAGAACCCUCAUUAAUCAUAGGCUAAUUUAUUACAAUAUCAUUCCUAAUUGUCUCUGAAUAUCAGUUUGGCAGCUAUUUAAUCAGCGAGAAACUCAAGUCACUCACCCCAAGUGAUGCCUUGCAUGUGUAAAACACAUGGUUUGCACAUCCUUAUGAAAUUAACCAUGGUUUUACUAUAGAUAAAACAAACAAGCAUGUUUUUUAUAUUUAAACCAUGGUAAGCACAAAUUAACCAUGCUUUUGCUUACACUAACCACAGUUUAACCAUAAGCUUUGUAGUAAGACUGUGGUUAUUCCAAUGGUAAUUACUAUAUCAAAAACUACAUUUGAUAAAAUAUAUAUUUUUUUGAUAAGUCAGCAUCAGAAUAUGGUUGUCAUGCUGUGCUUUAUCCUUUAAUGUGCUUGUGUUCAUGCAUAGUUUGGUUAUUUAUGGGACUGAUUGUUGCAAUCAUAUUUUCUUGCUGUUCUGUAUGAUCAGAACAGAACUGGACAUCUAGUUGUCUCAGUUAUGUACAUCCCAAUGUCACCAGGAAAUGUAACUAUUUUACAUAUAUCGUCAAAAAAGAUUUAUAUGAUUUAAAAAUAGGAAAGCAUAUUAUUUUUAAAAGGAGGUACCUCUAAACCCAUCGGGGGAUGAGCAAAUUAUGCUAAAAUGUACAAAUGAGAUUGUACAAAUUCAUACACAUUAGGUACUAAAUCAACAAGUUAUGAAUUUCUGUGAGAUUUUGUUGUAAUAUCUCUCCAUACUGGACAUAUAUGGGCAGAUAUGGUCUCUAUCACUUACAGUUACACUGAUUUUAGGUUUAGAUCCUAUCACUUUCCUCCACUGGGUCAGUUUCAUGAUCUGUACAGUUCUAAUGACUCCGUUGUGCAGCUCUUUAAUGAAGUAUAAAAUCUUUAAUUCAUUAAUUUAAAAGAUAAAUUUAUACAAACAAAGCUUUACGGACUGCCCAAAUUUUCAACCAUACCAGUCAGCUAUGAGGGGAUUCAUUACAUUACACACUUUCGUUUGAAUAAUUUUUUUUUUUAAAUUGGACAAGAAAAGAAAUGUACAAGACUGUGAAGCAUUGCAAAUUAUGCAAAUUUAAAAGAAAUGUUUAGAACUUGUGUGUCAAGUUCAUUGUUAUAAAUAUGAAUUUAAGAAUGCCAUUUGUGAUACUUCAUGGUAGUGGCUGGGGCUGAAUAUAAUUUGAUGCUCUUUGCAACUCUGAUUGGUGGAAUUUUCUUUAAAGCAUAUAGUGUAGUUUAUGUAAUCUUCUAUCAGUUACAAUUGCUUUAAAAGAUAAAUUGUGUAGUUCAUUCCCUUAUUUAGUAAGGUAAUUUUCUAUUUCUUCAUAUAAUCCUUUCUUUCAAAUCAGACUUUGUAAUGUUGUGAUUUUCCUUGUAGCAGUUUGGUUUAGUUUUCAUUUUAUGGGUGAACUAUCCCUUUACUAAUAUCUUUGAUAUAUCUAGCGCACCUUUGUUUUUGGAACAAAAGGGUAUUUUUAUGAACAUUGUCAUUUUCAGAAUAUCAUACACUACCUGACAAAAGUCUUGUCGCCUAUUCAAGUUUUAGGAACAGCAAAUAAUAACUUGACUUCUAGUUGAUCCUUUGGUAUCAGAAGUGGCUUAUAUAUAUGACAAAGGCCUCUAGAUUAUGCUUAUUUUACCAAAAUAAAAUAUGAUCAUGCCUUGAUUUUUAAUUAUUUUAAUAGGACAGUAAGGUGUGACUUCGCUGAAUCAAAAGUCUUGUCACUUAACAGAAAUAAUGUACAGUAUAGAAUAUAAAGUCAUGGUGCAGUGGAAAAAAAAGAAAUAUUGUGUAUGACUCCCAUGAGCAUGGACGACUGCAUCAAUACAUCACUGCAAUGACUCAAAUAAAUUAUUAAUAAAGUCAUCUCCCAGAGGAGUCCUCCUCCAUCUUAUCCCAGACAUGCUCAAUAAUGUUCAUGUCUGGAGACUAGGCUGGCCAAUCCUAGAGCACAUUGACCUUCUUAGCUUUAUAGAACUUUGAUGUGGAGGCUGAUGUAUGAGGAGGAGCGCUAUCCUGCUGAUUCCCUUUUUUGAUUUGUAACGUAAUGGGCAGCACAAAUGUCUUGAGACCUCAGGGUGUUGAUGUUUCUAUCCACUCUGCGUCUCUCUCGCAUACCCCCCCCCCCCCCCCCCCCAUACUGAAUCUAACCCCAAACCAUGAUUUUUCCUUCACCAAACUUGACUGAUUUCUGUAAGAAUCUUGGGUCCAUGUGGGUUCUAAUAGGUCUUCUGCAGUAUUUGUGAUGAUUGGGAUGCAGUUCAACAGAUGAUUCAUCUGAAAAAUCUACCUUCUGCCACUUUUCCAUUGAUCAACUAGAAGUCAAGUUAUUAUUUGUUGCUCUUACAAUUAGGAUUGACAACAAGACUUUAGUCUGGUAGUGUACUUUAAAAAACAUUUUAAAUGAAUAAGAACUUUACAAACUCCCCUUUCCUCAGAGAAUGCCAUAGUCUAAACAAAAUCAAAAGUCUUUAUUCACUAUAGUCAAGCUGGCUGGCGGGAUAUGGGGGGAGUAAUGCACAUAUUCAUAACCGGAGAUGUCAAGAUAAAAAUCAUAAGCAGUCAUUAGCUGUUCUUGUUGUAAAUCUAAACCGCUUUAAUCUGUGAAAUGCAAAUCUCUUUUUGGGCUUUACAAUAUUAGAUACUUUAUCCACUCUAAGUCUCCAAGACUGGGUGUUGUGGAUUUUUUCAAAAAUGGUUUUAAUGUAUUAAAUUUAAUGUAAAUCAACUUUGAUUUAUUGAGAAAUGUUUAUGGCUUUUGUGUUGUAAGAUUGUGUUUUUUAUAUUAGGUUUAAAUGUGUUUAUAUAUACAAUUGUAUAUUCUAUGCAACAGUGUAUUUUAUAUCUGAGGGGAUUUAGAGGGAUGUUCUUCUUUCCUGGAAAAGAAGGCUCAAAUAAAAAUUUUAUAUAAGA